AUGCCAGUUUACCACAUCGUCCUCUUCCGCCUAAAGGCCGGCGUCACCGCGGAGCAGAUCGCCGCCUGGAAAGAGAAGUGCCAUGGAAUGGUUGGCAAGAUUCCCGGACUUGUAUCGCUGAAGAGCGGUACCCCGUUGCCGAUUUCCAUCCCUCGGGCUCACGGCUACGAUAUGGGUCUUGUUGCUGUUCUGGAGACCGCAGAGCAUAUCGCUACCUAUGCGGUACACCCGGCACAUUUGGAGGUUCACAAGAUGCGAGAGGAGCUAUGUGAUGAUACGCUGGCCUAUGAUCUGGAGUUUUAG